CUCAAAAUUCCUUAUUUACUUUUUACGCAUAUUCAGUUGCCAUUCGUUCUUCCCAGUAAGAAUUGGUUGGCUAUACUGGGAAACCUAAAAGGUUUAGAGUGUCAUUCUUUCCUUUGGCUUUGCAGAAGUUGUGAUGGCUUCUCAUACCAUUUAUCAAACACCACAGGUGUUGAAACUCUUUCCUCAAAUAUUCUCUGUUGAAACUUCAUGCUAUUUAACGAACAACUGAAUAUAAUGGUAACUCUUUCUUCAACUCCUCUGUGGAAACUGAAUGCUGCUGCUGACAAACAGACAUAUUGGAGGUUAGAAGAGCAUAGAAUGCUGUGCGUAUUUCUUAUAUAUAAAGUUUUCUAUUGCAGAAUUUCCACCUUUUCGUCAUCAGCAUCAUUGUGUUUUUGUUAUGCUUCCUUCUGAAAACCAAUCGCAUACUAGUAUACUUUUGCCACUUCAUCCUGGACAAGAAUAAAGUUGAAGCCUAAGAAGUGAAGACGCCCAAGUGAAAUCUGCGAUGCCCAUUGUGCGAGCUGGUCUUAUGGCUGGCUGGUCUUUGUUGGCUGCCUUGGGCCAUGGCUGCGGGUUUCUGGGUUCUCUGGCUAUUAUGUUCAUUCAAGGAGUCGCGCCGCUCCUCACGUCCAAACGCUAGUUGAUACUUUUUCAAAAAGCAGUUUUUUAACCACUUAUCUACAAUUUCAAAAGCAACCUCUGGAUUCGGCAAAAAAUCCAUCCAGCCCAGCCCAUCGCUGUUCUGAAAAAUUCAUUACCAAGAAAAGAAAGAACCAAAAAGUCGAAACGUGCGAUAAAUUUUAUGCCCGCGAAAGCUCGUAAAUCGUUUCCCCAACACGUCAAGUCGUUAAAAUCUCAUCUCACUUUUUUUGCUUACUUUUUUAGAUCUUGCAAUCACAAACAAAACCCUUUCUUUCGCUCUUUUCUUCUUCCACAUUUGCAAUUGGGCUUGUUGUUUCAAUUCCUCUCUUUUAAUUUUGGAUUUCUUACCAUCUCUAAAUCAAAAUCACGCCACUUUCUCAGCGUUUCCUGCGCUAUUCACAUUUAAAUUCUUCCCACGCAAAAAAACCCUAAUUUUUGUAGCCCAAUUGUUUGUCUAGGAUUUUAUUUCUGUCUAGAAAGCUCCCUUAUUAACAAAAUUAGUUAUAUUUUCAGACUAAAAAUGCUUUCCUUUAGAUGGGUUUUAAAUUUUUAAGCUUGUUAAGCUUUAGAUUUGAACAAUGGGUGCCUUAACCAGCAUCAGCAAGCGAGACCCAUAUUCAAAUUCUCCUGAUUUUCAUAUUUCAAAAAAGCCCCGAUUGUCGUCCAUGUAUCAAACUCCUAACCAAACCCUAGGAUCCUCCAAUAGUACGGUCUCUAGAAUCUCCCGGUACCCAGAAACAACCUCGAAAUUUCGCCGAGAAGUCCAUGCACCUUGCAGAAUACUCAAGUUUGGUUUAUCCAGGUCUAAAGAUAUUGAUUACAGUGAAAAAAAGAAAUCUAGUGCUGAUGAUAUGGGGAAUUUCUUGUGUAGACAGCUGGAUUCUGCCAGGAGAAGAGCAAUUGGUGCUUUUAGGUAUUUGCUUAAAGAUAAGCAAGUAAUUGAUGUUGAUAACGAACUUGAGAAGCCUGAGAAGGAGAUGGUAUCUGAGGAUUCCAGUAUCGAAGAAGUUGAGGCUAUUGAAGAAGAUGGAAGAGAAUGGAGGUCUAUGGUUUUGGACCGGAGGUCACGAGAUAACCUUGUGGGUAAUAAGGAUAACAAUGAUGUUAAGAUUGUGGAGGAGAGAUCCGUGAUUACUAUGGACGGAAAUGUAGGGCUGGAAACUGCGGGGAAAAUGAUGGAUUCAUUGGUAUUGAAUGGCGAAGUGGAUAUAUCCAGUGUUGACGUGUAUAAGAAAUUGUUGGAGAGUGCGGAAAGGAGGAAUGGACGAUUAAAAGCAUUGGAUUCUGAGAUUGAGUUGCAUCGAAAGAAGCUAAGCUUUUACCAGUCAAUACGGCCUGUGAAGAAACCCGAAGAGAAAGCUGUCGAGGAGAUACCUCUUGAACCGUUUAUUCCUCUUAGGAAGGAGGAGGAGUCUUUGAUCAAACGUGCUUUUUCACCCAUCAACAGGCAGAAGGUCUUGGUCACUCACAAGAAUUCAAAUAUUGAUAUCACUGGAGAAAUUUUGCAGUGCCUGGGACCAGGCGCAUGGUUAAAUGACGAGGUCAUAAAUUUGUACCUUGAGUUGCUAAAAGAAAGAGAAAAGAGAGAGCCACAGAAGUUUUUGAAAUGCCAUUUCUUCAGCACUUUUUUCUACAAAAAGUUAACAAGCGGGGGGGAGUUCUAUGAUUAUAGAGCUGUCAGAAGAUGGACUACAGAAAAGAAGUUGGGAUACUUCCUGAUUGAACGUGAUAAAAUAUUUGUUCCUGUUCAUAGAGAGAUACAUUGGUGUUUGGCAAUUAUUAAUAAAAAGGAUCAGAAGUUCCAAUAUCUUGAUUCACUCAAAGGAAGGGACUCCAGAGUGCUGGAAAAUCUGGCUAAAUACUAUGUUGAUGAAGUGAAGGACAAGAGUAAAAAAGACAUUGAUGUAAGUAAUUGGGAACGGGAAUUUCUUGAAGACCUUCCUGAACAGCAGAAUGGAUAUGACUGUGGUGUGUUCAUGAUCAAAUAUGCUGAUUUUUAUAGCAGAAAUUUAGGGCUUUGUUUUGGCCAGGAUCACAUGCCGUACUUUCGGAUGAGAACAGCCAAGGAGAUUCUACAAUUGAGGGCCGACUGAUUGGAGAAGUGUAAAUGCUGCUAAAAUAAUGUGGACCUGUAUGCAUUUUGUUUCAUUGACUCUGCAAAUAGCAGAUCUGCCAUAUUUUGACAGAUGAUUGCAAAGAACUUGUGCUUACGUUGUGAAUAGAGGAUCUUUCAACAUUUGUCAAAAUCUGUGUGGUAGCAUAGCAGUUUUGGUUUUUGUCCAGUUGGAUUAAUUGAUCAAAGAUUGUUCUAGCGAUUGAUGGCGGAUGCAGAAUUUAGGGCAAGCUGGUACAUACAUCUUAUUGAGUGCAAGUUGGGUUCUGCAGAGGGCUUUUUGUUAUUAUUUGUAGAGUUGAUCCUGGAGAUAUUAGGCUUUGUUUGUAACUUUAGCUUAUAAAACAUGUUUCUUCUCUCCUUUCAGAGUGGUUUCAUGAAUGUAAUGAUUACGUUUCAAGCUUUUUAGAGAAUCAGGAACGUAUGCAUAUAAUUUGUCUCUGCCA